GGUCGAUUCGAAGGGUUGCCCGUACGUGCGAUUUUUUUCGGUUUCCAAAAUUGUGGAGCACAACAAAAAAAGGCUCCAAACGGGAUGGCAGCUGAAAGCAUUUAGUGGGGAAGCCGGAAUUUCCCAGCAACAACACGAGCAAGGACCUUCCUGUGGUUCAGUUCAUUCUUGGUGAUGAUGGGGGCAAUGUGCUACGGAUUUCUGAGGGGUCUCGUCAUUCACGGUUCGACUGCGAUCGGGUUUGGAUGUGCCACUAGAUUCGGUCCCUAAGGCGGUCUUUUGUGAUCAGUGCUGUUCCUAUCGGUGAGGGGGGAUGAUUUCAUUGAAAGUUGAUCGAAAAAGGUUCUCUUUUCAUCGAUGUGGAAUGUUGCGAAUCAUCGGAUUUAAGAAGGAUGUCUAAAGUUUAGAAAAGGAUCCUAGUAAUAUUCCUAUCGAAUGUUAUUAAAUUGUGGGAUUCAGGAAUAAAUUGGAUAAACCAAAACGAGUGAAACACAAAACAAAGAAAAAAGUCUUAAAAACCCAUCAAAUCCUUACCAAAAUCAGAACCUUCUGCAUUCCGGUUUCUGAUUUACGACCUGUCAGUUUUGCUAAUCCAAAGCAAAGCAGGAAAAACCAAGAAAAACAAAAACGGAGCUUCAGAAUUAAUGAAAAUCGUGUAAAUCCUUCAUUUUUACCGGCAAACGGAGAAUGGCGAAUGCGCUAGUCGGUCUGUGAGUGAGUCAACUGGAUAGCGGAUUACAGAGUGUGUGUCUCUCUCCUGAAGACGACCGGGCAAACCUACAUUUCAUCGGAGUGUGAUCGGUGGUGAUGUCAUCCAUGGUGCCGGUGGCUCCAGAGAGCGUGGUAGUGAAUGCGAGCAGAUGGGGAUGUAAUAUUAUCUAGCUUGAAGAUACUACUACUGUCGAGUGCUAGCGAAAAGAAUUUAAAUCCAGUGCAAGUGUGAGUAGGGGAAUGUUGAAAACAAGAUAAAAUCAAAACGGAUGAGUUUUAUCAAGAAAUUUGUGAAGGUAUUAAAAAAUGCUUAAUAAGUGUUUCCAUGCAAAUUAAAAACAAAUUUCGACGAAUCGUGCAGUCAACGGUGAACAAUUUUGAUCGAACAUAAAGUGGAAGUGAAGGUUUUGUGUUUGGAAUCAGUGGAUUCAACUGAAGUUUGGUGAAAAUCAGCCUGGAAAUCAAUAAAAAUAUAAGCUUAAUCAUCUGGAAACAACAAUGGGUGUAACAUCUUCAUCUCGCCAGGACUCCAGUCUGCUCUCGGAUGAAGAUGUAAAUUUCGACCACUUUCAAAUACUGCGGAACAUCGGCAAGGGAAGCUUCGGGAAGGUUUGCAUCGUGCAGAAACGUGAUAAUGGAAACCUCUUUGCGAUGAAAUACGUCAGUCGGAGUGCCUGCAUUGGACGGGGGGCCCUCGGGGGUGUCCUCAAAGAGGUGGAGCUGUUGGCCACCCUGGAGCAUCCCUUCCUGGUCAAUCUGUGGUUUUCGUUUCAAGACGAGGAGGAUCUGUUUAUGGUGUGUGACCUGCUGGCCGGUGGUGAUUUGCGCUAUCAUCUGAACCAUCAGGUGGAAUUUACGGAAGCCAGCGUUGCCUUACUGGUGUGUGAGAUCGGUUCCGCACUCGAUUAUCUGCAGAAGCAGCGCGUCGUUCACAGAGAUAUCAAACCGGAUAAUAUUCUACUGGAUGAAGAAGGUCAUGCACAUCUGACUGACUUCAACAUCGCAACCCGGCUGCAACCGGAUGGGUUGGCCUGCAGCAUGUCCGGAACGAAACCAUACAUGGCCCCGGAAGUUUUCAUGUGUGCCUUAGAGGAGAUUGCUGGCUACAGCUAUCCGGUCGAUUGGUGGUCCCUCGGAGUGGUUGCCUAUGAGAUGAGAUCCGGUGUGAGGCCGUUUGUGGUGCAUUCGUCGACGCCACUGGUCGAGGUGAAAAACAUCCUCAAUACCCAGGCCCACUUUCCGCGCCACUGGAGCGAUAACUUCAUCGAUUUGCUGAGUAAGUUGCUGAACUUCCAUCCGGGUGCCCGCAUCAGCAGUAAACAAGAACUACAACAAACGAAGCUCCUUCGGGGAACCAACUGGGACCGAAUCCUGGCCAAACAAGCAAAUCCACCCUUCAAACCCUCCAAAGAUCACCUAAACUGCGACCCCAGUCUGGAACUGGAAGAAAUGAUCAUCGAAACCAAACCCCUGCACAAGAAAAAGAAGCGCCUUGCCAAGCAGCGGUCGAUCAACCGGGAUCAGGCUGCGGCGGCAAAUCAAAGUGGAAACCCGUUGAGCACCCUGGACAAUCAGCUGUUGAAGGAGUUCUUGGUUUACAAUCGAUUCAAGGAGCAGAAACGGAAAGCGAUGGAACAGAAGGAGUCCGAUUGGCAGAAGGAGCUGGAUCUGGCGAUGGCCAGUUCCGAAGUCAGUACUCCGAGUGGAACGGGGCCUGCGGGUGGGACGCGGUUGGCUACGAUCGUUGAGGGGGAUCAGCAAAUGGUACAGCAACCGAAAACGGUGGACAGCACCGGAAGUGGAAAUGGGAAUAGCCACGUGAAUGUUACCAAUCAGAGUAGUAAUGGAAGCUGUAGUAGUAAUGGGAUGAGCAAUGAAAGUAGCAGUAGUUGUAAUAAUAACAGUUCCGGUUCUAUGAAUGGGAAGGAUCAGAAGGAAGUUUCCGGCGAAGGAAAACAGCAGGAUAGUUUGGAUUAUAUCGAUAGGACACCUUCUCCGAAGCCGAGCAUCUAGCAGUAAGGAUAGAUUUAGUGAUUGGUUAUUUAAGUUCACAAAUGAUUGGUAAUUUUCAAGUUGGAAUCAAUUCAAUAUUAUUUAUAAAUAUUUUUUGAAUACAGAGUAUUAAGAGAAGCAAAAUGUGAUAAAGAAAAAAAUAAGAUGCUAGAACAAUUCAUAUUGCUAUUCGCUAUACAAACAUUGACAAAAUUGGAAAGAUUCAUAUAAAAAUUGUUGGACGAAAUUGUUAUCAAUUAUGUGUUUAUUGGCAGAUUAAGGAAACAAAAUCAUUCUCCAUGUUAUGUAUUGUUGAAAUUAUUCCAAUUUAUAUAUUUUACGUUUAAAGAAACAAAACAGAACAGCUGAAUUAAGCCUUCGGGGGACAAAUGUAAAUUUUAUAGGCGGGAACAUUAAAUAUUAACUGAAAUUUCAAAAAUUUAUUUUUCAUUGACUGGUUGACAUAUUCAAAGUUUAAAAUAUAACUCAGAUUCAAAAUUUUCCCAGUUUAAAAAUUGAGCAGUGAAUAGCAAGAGGAUUUCCAAUAAAAUAUGCAACAUAUGAAAACUUCAUGUUCUUUAAGGCCCGAAACACGAUCUUAGGAUGAGAAUCCAAUAAUGUCAAGCAAAAUGAUCUUCCUAAACAAACAACCAAAAACCAAUCUAUCAAGAAAAAAAAGAUGUGCUGUAGUAUUAACACAAGAAAUCUAGGGUAAACCACAACUUCAAAAUGAACUGCAAAUGCGAUGGUUCCAUAGAGUACGUUUCGACAAAACCUAACAUUUACAAAGCUCCAAGGCAAUGUUUCUGCAGCAUUACUGCCAAAUCAACCAAUUUUACGAGUCUACCAGCUGCUGGCUUACUGUAACAACUAUGAGCUGUACUUUCUUCGUUAUUAUUUCGUUUCAGGUUCCAUCUUAAAGAUGUUAUUGCUUUCUUUAGGUAAUUGGACAUUAUUUAAGUGAGGUUAUUUUGAGUUCAGUCUCAACGGCUUGAACUUGUUUGUUUUCAAGUAGGUUCUUCACAGCAUCUCUUUUCCUAGCUCUGAACCUUAAAUCUGGUACAGAUUUUUCCAAUUGUCAUCCCGGAAUUGUCAGAGCUUCAAAGUUGAACCUUAAACGGAACCUUCAAUUAGAGCGUUUAAUUGUGAUAAUCCUACCACAUCUGUUUCGGUCGAUUGAACGUUGACGAGGAAUGAAUUAUUAUAAUCAGUCCUCACCAGCAAGCAGUGGUUAUCAAUGAAUUUAAUUACAGCAAACAUCAUUAACCCCCUGGCAAAUACUCGAUCGAUCAUGCCACAUAUCAGAUUGAUAUAUUUGCUUAAAGU